AUUGGAUGGUGCGGCUGUCAAUCACUAGGGGUAUAAACACGAGAGGCCGGUGGCUCCUCCCUCAGGAAGGCCAGGGACGCAUCGCGUGACGUGAGUCGGAUGGCGCGAGUCGUGCCGGGGAGAAUCUCUGCGGGUAAUAUUUGACUGUUACUUCCCAUUACCCUGAGUAGAGACGAAAAAGGCCCUCUCCUCUUCUCCCGUCCCCUCCCUGCCCGGCAGGCGCGAUGGCGGAAGCCUCGGCGAUGGGCGCCGGCGGAGAGGCGAUGGCGGCGGCGGACGGCUCCUCGGGCCCAGGGGGCUCGUCUCUGGGCCGGGGCUUCUCGAACUACCGGCCCUUCGAGCCCCAGGCGUUGGGUCUCAGUCCGAGCUGGCGGCUGACAGGCUUCUCCGGCAUGAAGGGCUGAGGCUGCAAGGUCCCGCAGGAGACGCUGCUCAAACUCCUGGCGGGACUAACGGGGCCGGCAGUACGGCCCCCGCUGGGCCGGGGCCUGGUCGGAGGCCAGGAAGAGGCAGCCCAGGAAGCCUGCCUGCCAACUGAAGCGGGCCCCAGCCCACCCCUUCCAGCCCUGGGCAUUGGGAUGGACUCCUGCGUCAUCCCCCUGAGGCAUGGGGGCCUGUCGCUGGUGCAGACCACGGACUUCUUUUACCCCUUGGUGGAAGAUCCCUACAUGAUGGGGCGCAUAGCUUGUGCCAACGUGCUGAGUGACCUCUACGCCAUGGGCAUUACUGAAUGUGACAACAUGUUAAUGUUACUCAGUGUCAGCCAGAGUAUGAGUGAGGAGGAACGGGAAAAGAUAACACCACUCAUGAUCAAAGGCUUUCGGGAUGCUGCUGAGGAAGGAGGGACAGCAGUGACUGGUGGACAGACGGUGGUCAACCCUUGGAUUAUCAUCGGUGGAGUUGCCACUGUGGUGUGUCAGCCAAAUGAAUUCAUAAUGCCCGACAGUGCGGUUGUUGGGGACGUGCUCGUGUUAACCAAACCCUUAGGAACCCAAGUUGCUGUCAAUGCCCACCAAUGGCUGGAUAAUCCUGAAAGAUGGAAUAAAGUAAAGAUGGUAGUUUCUAGAGAAGAGGUAGAGCUGGCCUAUCAGGAAGCUAUGUUCAAUAUGGCUACCUUAAACAGAACUGCUGCUGGAUUAAUGCACACAUUUAAUGCCCAUGCAGCCACAGAUAUCACAGGUUUUGGCAUUCUAGGACACUCUCAGAACCUUGCAAGACAACAAAGAAAUGAAGUGUCCUUUGUCAUUCAUAAUCUGCCAAUCAUUGCCAAGAUGGCUGCCAUCAGCAAGGCCAGUGGGAGGUUUGGGCUCCUUCAGGGAACCUCAGCUGAAACCUCUGGGGGAUUACUGAUUUGUCUGCCAAGAGAACAGGCAGCUCGCUUUUGCUCUGAAAUCAAAUCUUCCAAGUACGGAGAGGGUCACCAAGCAUGGAUUGUUGGCAUUGUGGAAAAGGGAAACCGGACGGCCCGGAUCAUUGACAAGCCUCGAGUUAUUGAGGUCCUACCUCGUGGAGCCACUGUUACUGCUCUUGCUCCUGACAAUUCCAAUGCCUCCUCUGAGCCCAGCUCGUGAGAUGAAAUAGCAGAAGUUGUGUGGACCUUAGAGCCUUUCUACACAAUCCUGAAUGAUUCUCAAGAGUUGAUUUUAAGAAAUUUCCAAAGAAGGCUGCCUGCAUAGUGAUUCCAGCUGCCCUUUCUAGGUGAUUUGAAUCAGCCCAUCAAAAGCUGCCUCUAUGUACAUUCCAAGGCCAGAAGUAACAUUUUGAACUUUGGGGGGAUGUUUGUUCAUCUUGAGUAGAACAGGAGCAGAAAAACCUCUGUUUCCUCUUUCCAAAGUAAGAUGAGGCAAUUGGGGUUUGAGGGAUUUUUCUUUGCACUAGGUUGACUCAUUACUGCACAGGGAGUGAGAUUGUUUAUUAAAAUAACACAAAAAGUAAAUUGCAGAAUGAAAAAAAUUUAGAUCAGAAGCAAAUGUGUUUGGACCAAUAGUGUUGAUAAAUCUAAAUUGUUAAGAGAGAUCUUAUAAUACAAUGUUAAAUUCUUUGUUAGAUUUUUCUUAAGUACUGGCUCUUUCCUGCUCUGGACAAGAAUUGAGCAGCUUGUCCAAUGGCUGGGAAAGGAGGACCUGCCACCAUCCGACUUGGUCUCUGUUCAUGACGUCUCUCCCUGUAAACCCCAUUUAAGGACUGGGAGAAGCAGAGCAAGUCCCAGAGCCCAGGCCUUGGUGGUCAUUAAGAUGGUAAAUCUUGUGCUGAAAAUUCCUGGUGAUUCAAUCAAUAAAGAAUAACUUCUAGCUAAAUAAAUAAAAAGGGAAUUUGUUGAAAAACU